ACUUCCGGCGGGUGCUGCGCAUUAUUUACGUCGUCACUUCCUGUCGAUGCCGGUGUGGACGCUGUGAAUCGUGGCUGGGUCGGUUCUCCGCUUCUCCCCGUCCCCUACUUUCCUCCCUCCCUCCCUUUCCCUCCCUCGUCGACGGUCGCUCGCCCGUCGCAGACUCCCGGACCCCACCCUCACCCCUUCCUAACCUCCGUGCCACCGGAUUGCCCUCCUUUUCCUGUCUCCCAGCCCAGCCCCAGUGUCAGGGCGGGGGCCUGGAGGAGCCGGAGGCGCUGCAGCAGACGAGAGAAAAAGACAACGACGACCCUCGGCUCUCCAGUCCGGUAGCCGCACUCGCCGCCGCCAUGGCAAUGAGACAGACGCCGCUCACCUGCUCUGGCCACACGCGGCCCGUAGUUGAUUUGGCCUUCAGUGGCAUCACGCCUUAUGGGUAUUUCUUAAUCAGCGCUUGCAAAGAUGGUAAACCUAUGCUACGCCAGGGAGAUACAGGAGACUGGAUUGGAACGUUUUUGGGUCAUAAAGGUGCUGUUUGGGGUGCAACACUGAAUAAGGAUGCCAGCAAAGCAGCUACAGCAGCUGCGGAUUUCACAGCCAAAGUGUGGGAUGCAGUCUCAGGAGAUGAAUUGAUGACCCUGGCCCAUAAACACAUUGUCAAGACUGUGGAUUUCACACAGGAUAGUAAUUAUUUGUUAACCGGGGGACAGGAUAAACUGUUACGCAUCUAUGACUUGAACAAACCUGAAGCAGAACCUAAGGAAAUUAGUGGUCACACCUCUGGUAUAAAAAAAGCUCUGUGGUGCAGUGAAGAUAAACAGAUUCUUUCUGCUGAUGACAAAACUGUUCGACUUUGGGAUCAUGCUACUAUGACAGAAGUGAAAUCUCUAAAUUUUAAUAUGUCUGUUAGCAGUAUGGAGUAUAUUCCCGAGGGAGAGAUUUUGGUUAUAACUUAUGGACGAUCUAUUGCUUUUCAUAGUGCAGUAAGUUUGGACCCAAUUAAAUCCUUUGAAGCUCCUGCAACCAUCAAUUCUGCCUCUCUUCAUCCUGAGAAAGAAUUUCUUGUUGCAGGUGGUGAAGAUUUUAAACUUUAUAAGUAUGAUUAUAAUAGUGGAGAAGAAUUAGAAUCCUACAAGGGACACUUCGGUCCUAUUCACUGUGUGAGAUUUAGUCCUGAUGGAGAACUCUAUGCCAGUGGUUCUGAAGAUGGAACAUUGAGACUAUGGCAAACUGUGGUAGGAAAAACAUAUGGCCUUUGGAAAUGUGUGCUUCCUGAAGAAGAUAGUGCUGAACUGGCAAAGCCAAAGCUUGGUUUUCCAGAGACAACAGAAGAGGAGCUAGAAGAAAUGACAUCAGAGAAUUCAGAUUGCAUCUAUUCUUCAACUCCUGAUGUUAAGGCCUGAGUAUCAAUCAUAUGCUGCAGUUAGUAUACAACUUAUGGACUGAAAUGAGCGAGCAGAGAGAAGCAUCAGCCUUCCAGAGUUACUCUCUGCUUCAGGCAGAAACAGCAGUAAAUAAUGGGGGAAAUGAAUUAGCUCCAGUGCUGAAACAACUAACUUGGUGUUACCUGUAAGUGAAAACUUGAGUGUCAGAUGAAGGGAGGUGGUUAUCCACUUGUAGUAAGUACAGUGGCCUAUCAUCUUUCUAAUGAAUAUAUACAAGCCAACAUCCAAUUUCUAUUAUUACCAUUAGGGUUCUUGUAGCUGUUUAUGUUUAUGGAGAAGAAAAAUAUAUUGGCUUAUUUUUCUGACUUUCUUCCUUAAAGCAGAAUGCCUUUUUUUUUGGCUUUAGUUGUAAAGAAGAGGGAAAACGUGAUAAAGUAGCUGGUUUGAUUCCUCUUUCAUUGUACACGGCUUCUGAACAUCUAAUUGUUUUUAGUUGUCUAAAUAAAAUGCCUCUAAAACAAAACAA